AUUUGUGGAGAUUUCAGAUCUAUAUGUAAAUUGUGAUGGCAUGUCUUACUUAGGGAUGUUUCCCAGAAAGUUGCCAAUAAUCGAUUGUGCAGCUACCUACCUACAUUACUUCUAAAUUUUCUUUUGCUAAUAAUGACCAGGCCCACAGUGGACUAAUCGUAAAAACACGGUUCUCAGUAUAACACUGACGUACUUAUAAAAACAAAGUACCCAAUACCUACAAAGUACUUAUCUACCUAAUAAUGACAAACAAAAGUAAUAUAACUGUGACCUUAGGAGGAAAAUCAAUUUAUGCUUUCCAACUGCUUUGUUGCAUGCUCCUUGUUCAAAUGUGUGAUUAGCAGUUUAAUUAAUUUUAAUACUCUCUCACGCCCUUACAAAAAGCAGCUUUAGCUAUCUUCGAAAAGUUCGGAAAAAGAUGGUCAUGUCUGGUAUCGCCAAGUGAGCCGCUCCCCUGCGUCUACAAAUGAUAUGUUUCGCUUACAAGAAGCUUUGGAUAAUGAGCUGGUAGAGCAAGAUGCUCGAGAAAUGGGAAUAUGUCCUGUCAGGAGACGCCUGUACGAUCAACUCAUGGAAGAAUUAGUGCGCCAAGAGUUAGUGACCUGUCCAGAAAGAGGUAGACUGUUGCGAAUGGUGCAAAUGGAAUGCCAACUAUCUCUAACUUCAACCGUCACUGGAUACGAAAGUGCGGUUGCAUAUGGAUUGAAAAAGCGUUUGUCAUCUGGUCAAGAAGCAUCCAGAUUAUCUUCCCUAGUGUCCGAGUCCCUGAUGCUGUUGGCAACUUUGGAACAAGAGGUGAGGGAGCUUGAACCGGAGAUUGUGAAGAUAAGGGAAGGACUUGUGGAAAAGGAAGUUGCCCAACAAAAAGAGUUAGAGGGUGAAGAAUUUGUUUUAAAGGAUGAAAACGAACGCAUUUUGCGGCAGAUGAUGGAUGUCAUAAAUAUUAGCUUUGAUACAGAAAACUAAGCAAAUUCUGAAAAUUAUUCUGUGGAAUUUCGUGUUUCAAAAGAAUAAUAAGGAAUAAUAAUGUCUUUUUUCUUUGUGUUUUCGUUUUUAAACAAAUAAAUAAAAUAAAGCUUUGAGAGGAAAAAAGACCUUUU